AACUCUGUCAUUAUUCUCCCUAUCGAUUUUGUUGGUCUUAUUGGCACGGCCCUAUUUUUCUCGCUCCAGGGAAUGUUAACGGGCUUACACAACCCGAAGGAAGUAAGAGAUACGGAAAUGCGUUCCGAUAGACCGGGAUAACGCAAAAACUCAGGAUCUUUGCUCCAACGAUCCUACUGCAAUCAUGGGCGCGCGAUGCGCGUACACGGAAGCUUGCAGCGAUUGUAAGCGGAAAAAAAAGAGACAAGCUGUUGUAUGAGGACGACGUGACAGGGGACCGAAGCAUUUCCUUGGAGAAAAGCAAUAUUGGAAUAUAUCGAGGGAAGAAUAGCGCAUUUAGACAGAAGACGGGUGGUUCUCAUAGGAUACGCGCCGUGGAGCCUAGGACGCGCGGCUUUGAUGCAUUAACAGGAAUGUGUGUUUGAAUGUGGUCCGCGUAACCCUUCCUUGUCAUAAACGCUAUAGCGUGAGCUGUCGGGGCAGUGGAUUCCAGCAACAGCAGAGCUGGGAUGUCCUGAGGGGACCCCCGCGGGCCCCAGAGCAGGGACGCGCUGAUGGGACCUGCUGCGCCGCCAUGAGCCUUCAAGACGGCUGCGGCGGCGCCAACCUGGCGGCCGCCGGCGGCAGCAUGCGGCGCCGGCUGGAGGACCAGGAGCUCACGCUGCGCGUCUACCCGGGCCCCCUGGCCGAGGGCACCAUCUACUGCCCCGUGGGCGCCCGCAAGAGCACCAGCGCCGCCGACGUCAUCGCCGGCGUCAUCGAGCGGCUGCGCCUGGAGCGCACCCAGUGCUACGUGCUCGCCGAGGUCAAGGAGUUCGGCGGCGAGGAGUGGAUCCUGAACCCGGGCGACUGCCCCGUGCAGCGCAUGAUGCUGUGGCCGCGCAACGCGCUGGAGAACCGCGGCGGGCUGGGCAGCGGCGAGGACUACCGCUUCCUGCUGCGCGAGAAGAACCUGGACGGCUCCAUCCACUACGGCGGCAGCCUGCAGAUGUGGCUGCGCGUCACGGAGGAGCGGCGCCACAUGGUGGAGCGGGGUUUCCUGCCCCAGCCCGCAGGGAGCCAGCACCCGGCGGACCUGUGCGCCCUGCCGGAGCUGACGGAGCGCGCGCUGCUGGAGAGCCUGCGGGCGCGCUUCCGCCAGGAGAAGAUCUACACGUACGUGGGCAGCAUCCUCAUCGUGGUCAACCCCUUCCAGUUCCUGCCCAUCUACAACCCCAAGUACGUGAAGAUGUACGACAACCACACGCUGGGCAAGCUGGAGCCGCACAUCUACGCGGUGGCGGACGUGGCGUACCACGCCAUGCUGCAGCGCCGCAAGGACCAGUGCAUCGUCAUCUCCGGGGAGAGCGGCUCGGGGAAGACGCAGAGCACCAACUUCCUGAUCCACCACCUGACCGCCCUCAGCCAGAAGGGGUUCGCCAGCGGGGUGGAGCAGACCAUCCUGGGGGCGGGGCCCGUGUUGGAGGCCUUCGGGAACGCCAAGACGGCCCACAACAACAACUCCAGCCGCUUCGGGAAGUUCAUCCAGGUCAACUACCAGGAGAGUGGAACUGUCCGAGGGGCCUACGUGGAGAAGUACUUGCUGGAGAAGUCCCGUCUGGUUUACCAGGAGCACAACGAGAGGAACUACCAUGUAUUUUACUACUUGUUGGCGGGAGCGAGUGAGGAGGAAAGGAAGACCUUUCAUCUGCUGCAACCGGAAGAGUACCACUACCUCAACCAGAUGACAAAGAAAUCAAACAAACUCCACUGGGACAAUUACUAUGAAAGCGAGCUGGACUGCUUCACAGUGGAAGGGGAGGACUUGAAGCACGACUUUGAGAGACUCCAGCUGGCCAUGGAGAUGGUGGGCUUCCUGCCUGCUACGAGGAAACAGAUCUUCUCGCUGCUGUCGGCCAUCCUCCUGCUGGGGAACAUCCGGUACAAGAAGAAGACUUACAGAGACGACUCCAUCGACAUCUGCAACCCGGAGGUCCUGCCCAUCGUGUCUGAGCUGCUGGAGGUAAAGGAGGAGGUGCUGCUGGAGGCGCUGACCACCAGGAAGACGGUGACGGUGGGAGACCGGCUCAUCGUCCCCUACAAGCUGGCUGAGGCGGGCACAGUGAGAGACUCUAUGGCAAAGUCGCUGUACAGCGCCCUCUUUGAUUGGAUCGUGUUCCGGACCAAUCAUGCGCUGCUCAACAACAGGGACCUGGAGGACAACGCCAAGAUCCUGUCCAUUGGAGUGCUGGACAUCUUUGGCUUCGAGGACUAUGAGAACAACAGCUUCGAACAGUUCUGCAUCAACUUUGCCAAUGAGCGUCUCCAGCACUACUUCAACCAGCACAUAUUCAAGCUGGAACAGGAGGAAUACAGAGCAGAGGGCAUCAGUUGGCACAACAUUGACUACAUCGACAACAGCGGCUGCAUCAACCUGAUCAGCAAGAAGCCCACCGCACUGCUCCACCUGCUGGACGAAGAGUGCAACUUCCCCCAGGCCACCAACCAGACCCUACUGGACAAGUUCAGACGGCAGCACGACGCUAACCGCUACAUUGAGUUCCCCGCCGUCAUGGAGCCCGCCUUCAUCAUCCACCACUACGCCGGCAAGGUCAAGUACGGGGUCAAGGACUUCCGGGAGAAGAACACGGACCACCUGCGGCCGGACAUCGUGGCCCUGCUGAAGAGCAGCAAGAAGGCCUUCAUCUGUGGCCUGAUGGGCAUCGACCCCGUGGCCACCUUCCGCUGGGCCGUGCUGCGCGCCUACUUCAGGGCCCUGGUGGCCUUCAGGGAGGCUGGCAGCAGACACACGCACAGCAAGACGGGGAGCGAGGCGGCGGUCCCCAGCGCGGCCCUAAAGACGGUGGACAGCUUCAGCUUCCUGCACCACCCGGUGCACCAGCGCAGCCUGGAGAUCCUGCAGCGGUGCAAGGAGGAGAAGUACAGUAUCACGAGGAAGAACCCUCGGAGCCCCCUGACCGACCUGCAGGGCACCAACGCAGUCAAUGAGAGGGGCAGCAGGGAGAGCCUCUACGCUGGGGGCUGUAACGGCCGGGGCUCCAGGUCUCUGCGCCUGGCCUCCACGGGGAGCCCCACCCUGGAGGAGGACGGCAUCUUCCUCAACUCGGACAAGAGCAAGCUGCUGGAGAGGGCCCAGGGCAUCCUGCUGAGAAACAAAAACUACAAAAGUAAACCUUCCCUUCCCAAGCAUCUGUUGGAUGUUAAGUCUCUGCGCUACCUGAGCAGCGUGACGCUCCACGACCGCAUCACCAAGUCCCUGCUCCACCUGCAUAAGAAGAAGAAACCGCCCAGUAUCAGCGCUCAGUUCCAGGCGUCCCUGAAUAAGUUGAUGGAGACCCUGGGUCAGUCGGAGCCAUACUUUGUCAAGUGUAUCCGCUCCAAUGCUGAAAAGCUCCCGUUGCGGUUCAACGACAGCCUGGUGCUCAGGCAGCUCCGGUACACAGGCAUGCUGGAGACCGUCCGCAUCCGCCAAUCAGGGUACAGCAUCAAGUUCACCUUCCAGCACUUUGUGAGUCACUUCCUCAUCCUGCUGCCUCGUGGAACCAGCCCAACCAAGGCGGGCAUCCGGGACUUCUUCCGUAAGAUCCACCUGGCCCCAGCUGGGUAUCAAGUGGGCAACACCAUGGUGUUCCUGCGGGAGGCGGAGCGGCAGCACCUCCAGAGCCUGCUCCACCAGGAGGUGCUGAGGAGGAUCGCGGCGCUGCAGCGGCGCUUCAGGGCCGUGCUGGAGAGGAAGCACUUUGUCAGGAUGAGACAAGCCUCCUCUAUGAUCCAGCGGUGGUGGCGGACCCACCUCCGGAGCCGGGCGGAGUCGGCCGUGGAGCCGGCGGCGGCGGAGGCGGCCGCGCUGCGUCUGCAGGCGGUGUGGAGGGGGUUCCGGGAGCGCCGGGCCUACCAGGAGUGUCGUGAGGCGGCCGUGGUCCUCCAGAGGAGCUGGAGGUCCUGCCUCGGCCGCCGGACUCUGGCGGCCGUCGUGAUCCAGGGCUCCUGGAAGGCGUGCAGAGAGAGGCGCCGCUACAGGAGGAUCCAGGACGUGGUGGCGGAGCUCCAGGCGGCGGGCAGGGGAUACCUGGCCCGACUCAGGUUCAAAGAGCUAAAGAGCGAGCGUGACGCUAAGCAGGAGAGCAGGGAUGCCAGCGGCCCCGAAGAAGAGGAAGAGGCGGCGAUGAGCCUGGGUGCGGAGGACCCCGCCCUCCCCGGGACGGACACCUCCUCCUCUGAGGCCGCUGGGGGGCCCGCGCCGGGACCCCAGGACGUGGAGGAGGGGGCGGACAAAGAGCAGGCCAGGGAGCGGAGCUGCAGCAUGAGCGACACCAGCCUCAAGUGCCGGUCCAAGCGGGAGAGCCGCCGCAUGAGGGAGCUGGAGCAGGCCCAGUUCAGCCUGGAGCUGCUCAAGGGCCGCGCCACCGGUGCCGGGGGCCCCCUGCCGGAGGAGCCCGUCCGUGGAAGCGGGCUCUCGGAGGAGCGCGAGAGGGGCCCCCAGUCCCCCCGUGGGUCACCCGCCAGUCCCGAGAGCCGGGAGCCGCCCCCCGCGGAGGACAUGGAGACGGAAGGCUCCAGAAGCUCCGACGGCCACCGGGAAAACUCUCAUCUAGGAGGUUCCCGGUCAGAGACUGAGCCAUUGGGCACGGCACGCAGGGAUUCGAACUACAAUGAAAGGCCAGAGUUUGAAAAAGAACAGGCUCAGAGAGCAACGUUUUACAUCUCUGCUGACCAAAGCCCCGUCCACGAGCCCAAGUGCGAGAGCCCCAGCAAGGGUGUGAAAGAGAGGCGAGAGUCCAGCUGUCGGAGGCCCGUGGUGGUGGUCAUCAGCAUGCAGAAGGAAAGCCCGGUGGAUGAGACGGAGCUGCAGGCAGCCCAAGCCCUAGAAAGGACUUCUGAUGUCGGGGAAAGCGUUUCGGGUUCCCGCCCGACCACGAUAGCAGGUCUAGAGUUAGGCACGACUCCCAGGCCCACAGAGUCCCCCGCCAUGAAACACGUACCCCCUACGGAAAGUGGUCCCCCCAAGGCCGCCCCGUCAAGCCCCCAUGAAGAAACUCCAGGGUCUCCAGCCAUUUGCUCCUCAGAGGUGGACAUCCAGUUAGUCCUGGAGCCAAGGCCCUCGAUGCUGCCGGUCCUGCCCAGCCAGAAGGACAGGAAAGGGGGCAGGCCAGCGCAGGCGUGCCCCAGUGUCCAUGUCCUGGAGACCAAACCACCGAAGGCCCAGAAGAAGAGUUCAGCCCAGACUGUGAUCGUCAAUAUGACAGAGAAGCCCGCGACGACAGUGUUUUCUCCACCCAGACGCAAGCUGCCCUUCUCGAAAUCUGAUAAAGACCUGGUCAACCAGGAGAGGUCUUUGUCCUUGCAUGAGGACCCCUCCAGCUCCAAAUCUUCUGCAGGUUCCAGAAGAGAGAUCAGUCGCCCUGGUCCCAAAAAGAAAGCGCGCAUGUCCCGGACUCGCUCCGACUUCCUCACUCGCUGUAACUCAGAAGGGGCCACCCAGUCGGACGACGAGGACGACGAGUACUACGUCCCCGCGGUGUCACGCACCCUGCCCCCCUCCCUGUCCCCCCCCCACCCCCACCCCCACGCAGACUGCCUCAGUGACAGCGAGAUGUCGUCUCACAAAGACCAGAAGAAGAUCCACAAGACCAUGUCCUCCGGAGACCUGGGCAAGGUGGAGGUUCUCCGGAAGACCUCUAGCCAGGACGGAAGGAUGAGAGGCAAGAUGCGCUUCUGGAGUAAGACAAAACACGCGGACAAGAAGCUGUCCAAGGAGAGGAGGGAGAGUGUGGACACGCCAGCGGUCGACGGGCCCUCACCUCCCCGCAGCCCAGACGCGGGGGCAUCCCCGGGGGGUCCCAGGGACGCCAAGGAGAACAAGGAGCCCUCGCCCAAGUCCCGGCGGAGGCGGAGCGUGAAGAUCAGCAGCGCUGGGCUGGAGCCCGCCCACUGGCAGAACGACGCCCUCCUCAUCCUUAGCACCGCCCACGACUACCGCAGCAUGAACGACUUCCUGAUGAAGAAGAUCGGGGAGCUGGAGUCUGAGGACGGUAAGAAGGACACCAUGGUGGACGUGGUCUUCAAGAAGGCCCUGAAGGAGUUCAGGAUCAACAUCUUCAACUCCUACUCCACGGCUCUGGCUAUGGAGGACGGCCGCAGCAUCCGCUACAAGGACCUGCACGCGCUGUUUGAGCAGAUCCUGGAGAAGAGCAUGAAGCAGGAGCAGAGGGACUGGAGCGAGUCGCCCGUCAAGGUGUGGGUCAACACCUUCAAGGUCUUCCUGGACGAGUUCAUGACGGAGUACAAGCCCAUGGAGGGCACCAUCGGCAGGGCUUCUAAACCAGAGCGGAAGAAGAGGAGGAAAAAGGAGAGCGACAUUGUGGAGGAGCACAAUGGCCACAUCUUCAAGGCCACCCAGUACAGCAUCCCCACCUACUGUGAAUACUGCUCCUCCCUCAUCUGGAUGAUGGACAGAGCCUGUGUCUGCAAACUCUGCCGCUACGCCUGCCACAGGAAGUGCUGCACCAAGAUGACCACCAAGUGCAGCAAGAAGUACGACCCGGAGCUGUCGUCGCGGCAGUUUGGGGUGGAGCUGUCACGCCUCAGCAGGGAGGAGCACACGGUGCCCCACCUGGUGGAGAAGCUCAUCAACUACAUCGAGAUGCACGGCCUCUACACCGAAGGCAUCUACAGGAAGUCUGGCUCCACCAAUAAGGUCAAAGAGCUCCGCCAGGGGCUGGAUACAGAUGUGAGCAGCAUGAACCUGGACGACUACAACAUCCACGUCAUCGCCAGCGUGCUCAAGCAGUGGCUCCGCGACCUGCCCAGCCCUCUCAUGACCUUUGAACUCUACGAGGAGUUCCUCAGGGCUAUGGGUCAGCCAGAGAGGAGGGAUGUGAUCCACGGCGUGUACUCCAUCAUCGACCAGCUCAGCAGGACUCACCUGAGCACCCUGGAGCGCCUCAUCUUCCACCUGGUCAGGAUCGCUCUGCAGGAGGACACUAACAGGAUGUCGGCCAACGCCCUGGCCAUCGUGUUUGCCCCGUGCGUCCUUCGCUGCCCGGACACUAUUGACCCUCUGCAGAGUGUCCAGGACAUCAGCAAGACCACAGCGUGUGUGGAGCUGAUCAUCAACGAGCAGAUGCGCAAGUACACGGCUCGCCUCAAGGACAUCAGCAGUCUGGAGUUUGCUGAGAGCAAGGCCAAGAGCAGGCUCAUGCACAUAAAGAGCUCCCUGAGCAAAGAGCGCAUUCGGCGUAGCAGCAGCAGCAGCCUCAUCCCCUCGCCGCCCCUUAGCCCCAAGGGGGCGCCCCCGGAGGCGGAGGAAGGGACUGCAGGAGAAGCGGGAGGAGGAGAAGAAGAAGGAGGGGGAGAGGAGGUGGAAGAGGGGCCGGGACUUAGCGAGCAGCAGCAAACGGCCUUGCAGCACGAGGAGAGGAUACUGACGGCGCAGAUCGAGAGCCUGCAGAAGGAGAAGGAGGAGCUGACCUUCGAGAUGCUGGCGUUGGAGCCCCGGACGUCUGACGAUGAAACCCCAGAGUCUGAGGCCUCCAUCGGCACGGCGGAGAGCUCGGAGAACAUCGCCAUGGAGACGGAAGGGGCGACCUCCGGCCCUCAUGGGCGAGAGACCCCCCUCUGCAGGAAGGCCGAGGCCAAAAGCCGACGCACUCAGCGGCGACAGCCAGACUCCUCCCCCUCCUCUUCCUCCUCCUCCUCCUCGCCGGCCACCACUGCCGCCGCCGCCGCCUCUGCGCUCUCCUCCUCCUACCACCUGCCGCCCUCUCUCUCCUCCACCUCCUCUUCCUCCUCCUCCCAGCCCUUCCCCCACCGCUUCCGCUCCUCCUCCUCGGGCCCCCUCCUGACCUCGUGCCCCCUGGGCGCCCCGGAGCCAGACCUGGGCGCGGCGGGCGCGGCCAUGGGCCAGAGGGGCAGCAAGAUCCGCCACCGGCUCCGGCUGAGCCGCAGCUCGCCGCGCGACCCCACCGAGGCGCAGCGCAGGGAGACGGGGGACUUUGGCUCGGCGCCGCAUCAGCUGGUUCUGUACGGCAGCAACGAGUUCAUGGUGUGAGCGCCUCCGGUCUGAGAGGGGAAGAGGAUGGGAGAGAGGAUGAGGAGGGGAGGAAGAGCGCUUUGCUGAUGACCGUAUGCUGUGGGGGAGGGGGGCCGGUGUUGACACACUCCCCCCCCCCUCUCCCUGUCCCCUCUCCUCUCCGGGGGUUUGGAUACACACCGAAGGUAAAGGAGAAAGGACCACGGCGGAACCAGUCAGAACUGGCCACAUGCCAAUACUGUUCAUUAAGAAAGAACUCAAAAAAUAAUCCUUUUUUUUUUUUUUAUGUUACCAACGCACCGGGUGGGGGGGGUUGAUCCGGGGCCCGCCGCACAAGUAUUCCCGCUGAAUUAGGCCACGCCCAUCUCCCCCUGUCACAUCGAGAUGCUUAUGUGACGCCAUACAUUCGGCCGCGUCAUAUACGUUAAUAUUAUUAUCAUUGGUGUUUGUUGUUUGUUGUUAUGUUACAAAGGAAGCGGAGAUGUAAAUAGACUGAAACUCCUGGUGUGAAAGGGUUGUCCGAAAUCAAUAUUACCCCUGUUUCUCUCCAUCUUUCUUAACCUCCUUCUUUCUCUCUCUCUCUCGCUCUCGCCCUCUCUCUCUCUCACUCACUCUCUCACUUUCCGUUUUUCUCUCUCUGCCUCUCUCUCUCGCCCUCUCGGAAGGAAGUCCACUUUUCUUUGUUGUCGUUUUUUGUGUGUUUUUCUUCCCGCUGUGUUCCCCCCCCUCGUACCUGAAUUACAGUUCAUGGGGCCAAAUGGGAGGUGGCUUCCACUGAUGACCAGUGAUCUCUGAGAGAUGAGGUUGCCUCAUCCCCCAUCCGCCAUUGUGGGAGGCCUGAUGUGAAGAGUCGACCGAUCAGCCAUACACAGUGUCGUUCAGUGCAGCGGGGAGCUGUCCCUGAGGCCGCCAUGACGCUCGUAUUGAUUUAGACAUAUCAGUGUUAAUGUGUUUAUGACUUGAAAGUGGUCUCAUUUUGUUAUGGCUGUUCUUUUUAUUUUUUUAUUUGGUAUUUGUUUACUUUUGGUGUCAUUUUGGUGAUCAAUCAUUGUUGAAGAUGCCAUGUUUUCAUUGUUGUGUGUGUGUGUGUGUGUGUGUGUGUGUGUGUGUGUGUGUGUGUGUGUGUGUGUGUGUGUGUGUGUGUGUGUGUGUGUGUGUGUGUGUGUGUGUGUGUGUGUGUGUGUGUGUGUGUGUGUGUGAGAGAGAGAGUUAUGCAUGGGAACACACACGCAUACACCUGCGUUACACCAGGUGUGUUCUGAGCCAUAUUAUUCUGUUUGUGUUGCCAUUUUGUUCCAUAACUGUCCAAUGCAUUCACUUCCUUUCUGGUGAUUGCUGGGAAAAGUAGCAUAAACUUUGUGUCUCUCUGGUCACAUCACAUAGUAGUAACCAGCCUGGACUCCUAAUGGAAAGCUAUCUAGCUAACAUGCUAUCAACUCCUUUUGGACUAGUUACACUCUUUCAUUCUCUCUCUCGCCCUCCCUUUACAGUAUUUAAAGGGAUUAAUAUCCAGUCUAUGUCAGCUAUAUGCAAAGCUUUUGACUAUAAAUACGUACAGAUGCUACAACCCCCUUCUAUAGCUACAGUAUAUCUUGCUUGCAGUGAUGAGACGCUAUGGCGCCAGUCGACCACUAGUCGGCCACAGAGCGUCUUUCCACUACUUUGGAAAGUGCGCUAUUCUCGGUUUUAGCAUGUCGUCUAAGAUCGCUUUUAAACACAUAAGGACAAGGACAGAGACAUAGUGAUGUAUGAUCUAACGGGAGCAGUCACUACCAACACAUAAAACGUGUUUGUUUGUUGAAAACAAAAGGUUUUUUUUCUUUUCAAGGGGUUGUUGUGAAUAAUGGUGUUUCGAACCUAAGAAAAUAUUUGGGAAGAUAUUUCUUUCUCUGUGAAUUACAAGCUAUUAUUUAAGAACACGUGGUUUGUGCUUGUUUACGCUGUCCACAUGGCAUUCUGCAACAACAAAAAAUGAAAAAAAUGAAUGUACCGAUUACUAGGAGGCAUGCUCUGCUUUCUUUUGGUUAUUUGUUUGUCUUUUAUAUACCAUAUAUAGUACUAUUUAUGAUCAUGUUUCGGGGUGUACAUUGGUCAAAAAAGAAAGCUUGUUAUAAAUGGAUAUAUUAUCCUAUGUACGAUUCAUUAUCUACUAUUAAUCAUUGGCACGGUUUGGACAGGUCAUUAUCUUCUGUCGUAUUUGUGCCGGAAGUUACCGACCUUAAUUUGAGCGGUGAAACUCGUUUUCGGCGUCCAUCUUGGACGGACACGGCCUUGUAUGAGGUGCAGUUUGUGUAAAAUUUAUUUUAUUUUUUAUUUGAAUAUUGAUGAUUGUCCAAAAAAAAUGAAUUCAUGAGGGUAAAGCUUCUGCUUAUUAAAAAAAGGCAAACUGGA